AUGACGCAGGAGUACCGUGUCCUUCCUCAGAAGCAUUUCCCGAGAGACCCCACCAACGUCUCCACGGGCGAGCAGCGACACUGGAAGCAGUUCAAGUUUCCGGUGCUGAUUAAGCAAUAUGGAGCGGUCACGAGCAUCAACUUCUCGCCCGUCUCGCCGCACAACUUUGCCGUGACGAGCAGCAGCCGCGUGCAGAUCUACAGCUCGGCCAGCCACAAGCCCGUGAAGACCCUCUCGCGCUUCAGGGACGUCGCCUACUCCGCCAGCUACCGAAACGACGGCAAGCUGCUCGUCGCCGGCGGUGAGGUCCCCGUCGUCCAGAUCUUCGACCUGGGCUCCCGUGCCAUCCUCCCCCCGUUCACGUGA